AUGCCUUCGACUCUUCGAUUCCGCCCACCCUACCGCGGUGAGAAGGACGCUCUGGUCGUUCCGCGGACGCCCAAAUCCCCUCGUGGGGAAUACACUGGAGAGCCUGUACCGGCAGAAGACUCUACUUCUAAACGCCACCCACUAAAAGUUGUCUUCAGCGUCCUCCUCUUCGCGGGUGCCCUCUCCUGGUCUUUCUUCAGCUAUCGACACCAGCUGGUCAUCCCUGCCUUCCCGUCCGCGUACUGGAAGACCAACAGCACCGCACAUACGGAUCACCAACUCCAGACCUUCACGCCAUCCUUCGGCGCAGCUCCUUCAGUAUUUGCGGAUAGAUAUGAGUUCCAGCUCCAAGGGUCCAGAGGCGAUCGUGCGUGGCUGCGCAUGUUUCCGAAGGGAGACGGAAGAGUAUCUGUCCGCCACCCGAGGAAGUAUGGACUGCCUCCCAGCGCUGCCGCGGUUGAUGGAGAUGGACAAGCGGUUUCUGAUACCGAGAUAUACGAUGUUGCGGUCGUGAGGCAAUUGGAGUGCCUGGCGUUCAUCCGCCAAAUCCUAAUCGACUACGACCACGAACAACACCCCCACGUUCACGAGAAAGCCCAAGUCUAUCACUGCCUCGACCACGUCCGACAAGCCCUUCUCUGCGCCGCUGACACGACGCUGGAACCGACGCGCGACGGCGGCGCGUUUUCGCCCCUUAACGUCAAUGGUCCGCAUCACUACGUCGGCCAUCAGAAGACGGUGAUGAGUGGAUCCGCGAGCGCGUUGCAUACGUGCAAGAACUGGACGGCGGUCAGGAGUUGGAUUGAAGAGAACAGAGUGGCAGGAACUGAAUGA